GAUCACCUCAGGCUGCAUCACAGACUGCUAGCUCCCAGUCUCGGGGCCCUCGCAGCGCCGCGAUAUCAGCCGUUAAUGGAACUAGAGAACAAACAGUUGCUCGGUGACCUGUGUGAUGCUCUCCACGGAUGUCCUGAUGGCGCCACCAUCAGCACCGCAACGAUUUAUCCCCUCCUGGAACGCACUCAGUCGAGUAUUAUUCUAGGCUUACAUUACGGCCUACGAAUCCUCCACCCCGAAGACGAACUUCUGCAGGAGAUAAUCGGCAUUCAGGCCCAAGUGACCCAUCUGGCUGCUAAUCCCGGCCUACCAGAUCUUAUUCCAACCUUGCGUCAACUGCCUGGAUUUCUUUCCCCCUGGAAGCGUGCAGCCGAUGAGCUCUUCGCAACCCAAUCAGAACUCUACUUGCGUCUGUUUCAUCGGGGAAGGGACUCAGACAGCUGGAACGCCACAAAGCAAGCCCUUGCAACGGCCGAGAAGUACACGGCGGUACCAGAUCUGGACCUUGCAUUCACACUGGCCACAUCUAUUCAAGGUGGGAUGGAGACUUCCCCUCGUCAAAUGCUAUGGUUAUUCAUUGCGAUGCUGCACCGACCCAUAGUUCUUUCCCGGGCGCAUGCCGUGCUUGACGCAGUGGUGGGACGAGGUCGAGCGCCGCGAUUCUCCGACCGGCCGAAGCUGGUAUAUAUCGAUGCCAUUGCUCAUGAACUCUUCCGCUGGAGGCCCAUCUCGCCCGGUUCCAUCCCGCGACGGGCCGACCGGGACGACGAGCUCCAGGGGGUGAAGAUCAGCCAAGGCGUCACUGUCAUGGCCAAUGCAUGGGCCGUGGGCCGAGAUGCACAAAUUUUUGACUCUGCCCUGGGAGAUCUCCACGACUUCGUUCCUGACAGGUGGCUGCUGCACUAUAACCCCGACAACGCAGAGGCUCAGCUACGGUCCGACCUCCCGCUGCCCGUGUUUGGGCAGGGUCGACGCAUCUGCCAGGGCAAGAGAAUUGCUACAGAUGGGGCCUUUCUGCAGGUAGCCAACUUGUUGUGGGCGUUUGAUAUCAUGCCCGUGGAAGGGGAAGAGAUGGAUCCAUGGGCCAUGACCGUCGUGGGGUUCAUGACGAUGCCCAAGGAGCUGAGGAUGCGGCUGAAGCCUCGUGGUGACUGGAUGAUGGAGGCCAUCAAACGGGGACCUAAGAUCGCGGCGGAGGACUUGGAUCAAAUGAUAGGGUCUGUCAACGAUGUGGAGAAGUAAACGGAGACAAUAUUAAUUGCUGUUGAUGUUAAGAGGUAAUGUCGGUUAUAGGACUGAUGGGCACUGGUUAAGGUAUGGUCUAACGGUACGGCGUGAAAGCACAGUCUAACAACAUGGUAGAUGAGUCAGAGAAGCUUAAAUUAGAGUGAAAGUAGAAAUAAAGUUGGCUAUGAAAGUAAGCUUGAAACUGUAACUUUAUUGUUGUGAGAUUUAAAGAUGCGGCCCGGUCGCCGAAUAGAAAAAGCAAAAGGGCAUAAACAAACUUGAAAAAAAGAUAAAGUAGGUUUGUAGGAGAAGAACGAGAAGCAGAGCAGAAACAAACAAUGCAGCCCGACAAGUCAGCAUAAGAUUACCAAUAAGGCUUAUUAAGGAGUUAAACAAGGCAAAG